AUGAAUCCCAAGGAGCAAGUUAAGGCUGUUGAGCUUAGGAGCGAAAAGACUCUUAAUGAUCCACAUGGUAAGAAGCCUAUCGAAGUCAAUGAUGAGCCAAAUGUUAACGAAGCGAGUUCAAGUAAUACAAAGGAAAGGGAGGAGGUAGUAGUUGAGGAUGCAACUCCUAAGGUUAGACCACAACCACCACUUCCAUAUGUGCCUAAGCGGAAUUGGGAAGGUAAAGGCACUAUCCCAUUGACUGAAAACUGCAGCUCAAUCAUUUUGAGUGACUUACCCACAAAACUGAAAGAUCCAGGGAGUUUUACUAUUCCUUGCACCAUUGGAAGUUUAGAUGCUGUCAACUGUUUAUGUGAUUUGGGUGCAAGUAUCAAUUUUAUGCCUCUAUUUCUUUUCAGGAAUUUGUUUGGUAAUCAAUCAGUGAAACAAACUUCAAUGGUACUCCAACUGGAUGACCAGUCAAUCAAGAAACCAUUUGGAGUAGUCGAAGAUGUUCUAGUCAAAGUGGAUAAGUUCAUCUUUCCCGUAGACUUUGUCAAUCUUGAUUAUGCAGUUGAUAAGAACUGCCCCAUGAUUCUUGGGCGUCCUUUCAUGAAUACGGGAAGGGCGCUAAUUGAUGUUCAUGCUGGGAAAUUGACUCUAAGGAUAGACAAAGAUAGUGUGGAAUUUGACAUGAAAAAAUUAAUGUGA